AUGUCUUUGUAUUCUUUCAUCAAUAUCCUUUUGAUUAUUUGUGGUCUGAACUUGUACAACCAAAAAUUUAAUUUUGAUAGAGGUAUUUUAAACAUUAAAUAUUAAUAUAGAUUAACAAAAGGAAGGCUUUGAGCCUUAAAAACAAUAAUAAAGGACAUUUUAAAUAGUCCUACUUAUGAAGACUCUAAAAUAGCUUUUAGUAUCAUUUCUAAUUUAAUUUAAACAAUAUGUCAAAUAGAGAUACCUAAUAAGAGUUAUAGGUUGUAAAAAAAUUUGUAUUAUUUGAUUAGUAUCAACAUGUAGCCCAAAUUGGUAUCGAGUUAAAAUAACAAUAUAAUUUUGAUGAGGGUAGAUGGAUAAUUUAUUUAAAGAUGAUUUCUAUAAAUAGGGUGAAGUAGAAGUUUCAGAAGGCGAGUAAUUUGAAGGAGAUGAAUUAGAAUAAGAAUAUAAAAAGAACGAAGUUGAGAAGAUGUAGGAUUAUAACAUCAUCUUAGUAAAUACCGAAAGAUUAAAAAAUACCAGUAUAAAAAUAAACGACAUAGAAGAGCAAUAUGAUGAUAUUAUUUUUCUUUAUUUCAUUACAAAAUAGCCCCUAUAUUUAUGA